AUGGUUACUGCAUUAAUUUCCAAGGCCCUAUCAGAAGUUCAUCCAACCCUCCGAACCAAUGGUAUGGGUAUUGGUAAUACUCACAGGAGAAUUUCACUUGGGUUCUUACCGGUUAACAAGAAGAAUCCAUUGGUUCGCAAAUAUAGAAGGAGAAAUGGUAGAGCAGAUCAGAGAAGUUAUCAGUCCCUGGGAGAAGACUUUGGUAGUAGUGCUCGAGAACCUGAUUUCUUUUUAAACGAGGCGAUCGAAGAGGAAGACUAUUUGAACGAUACUGAUGGCGGUGAACUAAGUAGAACAAUUUCACUACCGUCAAGAGUUUCAGAGACUCCUGAUGUUUCACAAUUAGAUAAUGAUUGGAUUUUACAAGAACACGAAAGAAGAUACUCCUCAGCAUACAACUCUGAUCAUGAAGAACAAGAAGAAUUGGACAUUAUGGGGAGAUAUCCAGGCAGAGAAUUGGACUACGAUGAAUUUAUGCAAAGGUUGCAAGUUCAGAAACAAAUGUACGAAAAUGAACGUGCAAACUUUGGUAUGAAGCCUAGGAGGCCGUCAUUCAUAUCUGUCACCAGUAGAGGCACAGUACCGAUAGUCUACGAGGAAUACGAUGAAAAUGCUCCAACUGAACGUUUUACAAAUGUUACUUUCCAAUCUGAAUCCAAGGUUAUUGCAUCCUAUUCCUUCCCACUAAUUUUUACUUUCUUAUUAGAACAAAUGUUCCCAAUGGUUUGUUCAUUGACAGUAGGUCAUUUGGGUAGUAACGAGCUAGCGGCUGUUUCUUUGGCAUCUAUGACAUCCAAUAUUACUUUAGCUAUUUUUGAAGGUAUAGCUACCAGUUUAGAUACUCUUUGCCCACAGGCUUAUGGAUCGGGAAGAUUUUACAGCGUGGGUAUUCAUUUACAAAGGUGUAUUGCAUUUUCGCAUGUGGUAUUCAUUCCGUUUGCCAUUUUUUGGUUUUACUCUGAGCCUAUCCUCUCCUUAGUGGUUCCUGAGAAAGAAUUAGUUGCCCUAACGGCUAAAUUUUUAAAAGUUCUCAUCUUAGGAGCACCGCCAUACAUUUUCUUUGAAAACUUGAAGAGGUUUCUACAGGCUCAAGGUAUAUUUGAUGCUGGAAUUUACAUUCUCAGUAUAUGUGCACCUUUGAACGUCUUGGUGAGUUAUACUUUGGUGUGGAAUCGUUACAUUGGCGUCGGGUUCAUCGGUGCCGCCAUAGCUGUGGUGAUAAAUUUUUGGAUGAUGUUUAUUAUGCUACUUCUGUACACAAUGUUUAUCCAGGGUAAAAAAUGUUGGGGAGGAUUCACUAGAAAGGCAUUUACACAUUGGGGGGAUUUGGCUCGUUUAGCCAUUUCCGGUAUUAUCAUGUUAGAGGCAGAAGAAUUGUCUUAUGAACUUUUAACACUUUUCAGUGCAUAUUUUGGAACCAAGUACUUAGCUGCCCAAUCUGCUGUCUCUACUACAGCGGCAUUGUUAUACAUGGUACCAUUUGCAGUGGGUAUCUCUACAUCUACUAGAAUUGCUAAUUUCAUUGGUGCCAAAAAUCAGGUUGCAGCUGAUAUUGCAUCUCGAGUGGGGCUAACAUUUUCAUUUGCCGCGGGACUCUCCAACUGUUGUUUCUUGGUAUUCGGACGUCAUAUCGUUGCUAGAAUUUUCUCCAGAGAUGAAACUGUUUUAAAUUUGAUGAGUUCGUUGCUACCACUAGUGGGGAUUGUUCAAAAUUUCGAUUCAUUGAAUGCAGUGGCCGGUGCAUGCCUAAGAGGUCAAGGUAUGCAAGCUCUCGGUAGUAUUGUAAACCUUGUGGUUUACUACAUAAUUGCAAUCCCAUUAGGAAUGUUUCUAAGUUACUUCUUAGACUGGAAACUCUAUGGUCUCUGGGUGGGUAUCGGUAUUGGAAUGCUACUCAUCGGGCUAAUAGAAUCAUAUUAUGUACUGUUCCCGGACUGGGACAGUAUUAUGACGUACGCCGAGAUGCUUAAAGAGACAGAAGAGGAUGACGAAUCUGAUGAUGAUAGUGAUUACAGGGAUUCUGACGAAGAACCAGAUGAGACUUCACCAUUAUUAAGACUUUAG